GCCUGAGACAGCCUACUCCCGCGUGGUGGCGACAGAAGCUAGCUCUCAGAGAUGUCAGGUAUGUGGACGGUGAAGGUGGUGGGUCUGGGUGUGGUGGCCCUCUCUCUCAGCGUGGAGCUGCUGGGUUGGCUCCUCCAUCGCCUCAGGCCUAAAAGAGCCCGCACUGAGGUCCUCUUCUUCCCCUCAGAGAUGGCCUGCUUGGAGCACAUCUUCGCUCCCUCAUCGCCUCAGUCAUGUUGCUGCCCGUUGCCUCACGGCGUAGAGACCUCUUUCUCUCGUCUUGUCCGCUGCAUCUUGUCUGCUUCCUCCUCUCUGGACGUGUGUGUAUUUGCCUUCUCCAACAUGGACCUAUGCCAGGCUGUACUAACACUGCGAUCUAGGGGCGUCACCAUCCGAGUCCUCUGCGACAAGGACUACUCCGCCAUCCAUGGCUCCCAGAUUGGGGUCCUUCGCAGAGCCGGGAUCUGUGCGCGUUGCGACGUGGGCUCUGUGUACAUGCAUCACAAGUUUGCAGUGGUGGACAACCGGCUGCUCAUCACCGGCUCCCUCAACUGGACGAUGACAGCGGUGCAGAGCAACAAGGAGAACGUCAUCAUCACCGAGGAUCCAGACCUGGUGCGUCCAUUCCUCAAAGAGUUCCAAAGUUUAUGGCUGCACAGUGAUCCAGCCCAAUACCUCCACUUAAGUGACCCAAAACCUGCUGACAAACCUACCACACCCAGCACUGACAAGCCAUGCUGAGUAAUAAGUCAGAGCUCUUCAAUGUUUGAAGUAGAAGGUAUGCAUGUAAAAACAGUUUGGUCAGCUGGGCCAUAAAACAUUUAAAGACUUUUAUAUUUUCUUAUUUUACGAAACAGACUGUUGCUUUUGGCCAAAGUGACAAUGUAACUGUUCAAGCUGAUACAGGUUUUAUUUUUAAAUAUGUAUCGGAAAAGGUUCUGCAUUUAAGAGUUCCUGUACAUGUGUUACUGUUUGGCACAGGACUAAGAUGAGCCUAAUAUCCAUUGCUGUGGUCCAGUUCUAUAGAGAAUGCUUCUGUUUGUGUUUAGAACAUUUCUUGAUUAAAAAAGACAUGUAACUGUUGUAUUUCUUGUAUAUUAUGUCACAGGUUGACAUUACAUGUUUAGAGUUUUGUCAAUCUUCUUCUUCGUGUUCAUAAAGCUAGGUAAGAAAAACGUU